CUCCUAAGCAAGUCCCCCUUGAAAAAAAACCAAAGCCCUUCCUGAUCCAAAAUGUCCCUCAAGCUGCCACGGAACUGGGAUUUCAACCUGAAAAUGGAUGCUGCAAAAAUAGCCCGCUCCAAGAGCGUGAUGAGCGGGGAGCCAGCGGGUGCCCAGCCGGCCGCCCCCAGCCCGCUGGAGCGGCCCCUGAAGAUCGGCUGGCUGAAGAAGCAGCGCUCCAUCGUCAAGAACUGGCAGCAGCGGUACUUCGUGCUGAAGGGCCAGCAGCUUUACUACUACAAGGAUGAGGAUGAUGUCAAACCACAGGGCUGCCUGUCUCUCCAGGGAAGCACCAUCAAGGAGGUGGCCAGCAAUCCCGAGGAAGGAGGGAAAUUUAUCUUUGAAAUCAUCCCAGGUGUUUCUGGAGACCAGAACCGGGCAGGACAGGACACCUGCGUGCUCAUGGCUAAUUCCCAGUCUGAGAUGGAGGAAUGGGUUAAAUCCAUCCGACGAGUGCUGGGGUCAUCCUCGGGAGUGGUGUUCGGCCAGCGCUUGGCAGAGACCAUGGCCUAUGAACAGAAAUUUGGGCAGCACCAGGUCCCCAUCCUGGUGCAGAAAUGUGCUGAGUUCAUCCGGGAGCACGGCGUGAGUGAGGAGGGCAUCUUCCGCCUCCCUGGCCAAGACAACCUGGUGAAACAGCUCAGGGACGCGUUCGAUGCUGGGGAAAGGCCAUCGUUUGACCGGGAUACAGAUGUGCACACCGUGGCCUCUCUGCUCAAACUCUACCUGCGGGAGCUCCCCGAGCCGGUUGUGCCCUGGAUGCAGUACGAGGAUUUCCUGCUCUGUGGUCAGGCGCUGGAUGCAGAUGAGAGGAAGGGCCAUCAGGAACUCCUGAAGCAACUGUCCCUCCUUCCCAGAGACAACUACAACCUCCUCAGCUACAUCUGCAGGUUCCUACACGAAAUACAGUUGAACUCUAGCGUCAACAAGAUGAGUGUGGAUAACCUGGCAACGGUGAUUGGAGUGAACCUCAUCAGACCCAAGAUAGAGGAUCCUGCAAUUAUCAUGAGAGGCACGCCACAGAUCCAGAAAGUGAUGACUGUGAUGAUAAGUGACCACGCAGACCUCUUCCCCCCAUCCAAGGAUGAGCUGCCCUCCCCACCAGCCCACAAAAGUGACAAGAAAGCCCCAAUCCCACGCAGCUCCGUGGGCUGGGACGCUGCAGAGGACCCUGCGGUGUCCAGGGCGGAGAGCUUGAUCCAAACGAGCGAUGACCUGCAUCCCAGCAGUGCCCCCGGACCAGCGGCGAGCUCGAGAGCCCUCGGAGAAGAGAACGUGUCCAAAGAUACGCUGGGAAUGUGGAAAACGCAGUCAAGGAAAAGAACUCAGACUUUACCUAACAGGAAAUCCUUCCUGCCAGCUGCUUCUCUGGGGGAGAAAGGCAGCAAUGACAAAAAUGACAUAUUUGCCAGUGACUUCUGGAAAAGCCGCCCUGGGAGCGGCGCGCGCUCCGCGGCCCCUGACGGACACAAGAGAACGUUGUCUCACGAUCUUUUUAAGCUGCUCGACCUUCACCGGGCGUCAACCUACGACAAUGUUCCUACCUCCCAGGCAGAAAGUGUCCCCAGCCCGUCGAGCAGCGGCUCUGAUAAGGAAUUUCUCCCCGGCCCCGGUCCCAGUCCCCAGCCAGAGGAAAUAGCCAGUCCCCCCAGCAGCCCUGCCGGGGGCUCCAAGCCCGCUCAGGAGAGCAGGGAAUUCCUGCAAAGCAUCAUCCAGAAGCUGGAAAAAGAAAUGGAGGUACAGAAAAACGACUACGAGGAACAAAUCAAAAGUCUCGAGAAGGAAAACUAUGAAGUCUGGGCCAAAGUGGUGAGGCUGAAUCAGGACAUAGAGAGGGAGAAGAAGAAGUCUGAGGAACUGGAGCUGAAGUUGAUGAAUGUGGAGCGCUCACGGAAGGACAUGGAGAAGAAAAACAAGAUGCUUGAGGAGGAGAUCAAAAACUUAGCUAAAUCCACGAGCAAAAUCGAUGCCAAAACUAACUAGAAGACACCCAGCUGUACACAGAGGUAAAAUGCAGCUGCAUGAGUCUGCAGGAAUUGCCAAGCAGGAUCAGAGCCAGGGAUUUGUAUUGUCUGGUGUUCUGCUACCGACCACAGGCUGGCUCAGAAGAAGGAGCCCAGAAGUUAGAGGCUGGUUUAUGCUCUGAAACAGGAAAUUUCAAAAAUAUUCUUUAGCUUUUCUGGUGUGUUUUUUAUUCAACUCCUGUUUUGGCUGUUCAGGAUGCCUGUAGAAAAGGCCAAUACCUCUUGUGCUCAGGAGUUCGGGUCAAGGACACAUUAUGCCUUUACAAAAAUAAACCAACAAGCAUCCCUCCUGCCAGCUGGCUGGCUCCUUGCUGGAGAUACCCACAGUGCUUCUGAGUGGAACAAAAAGCCCAUAAAUUCUGGAUCUGGAGAGAGAGAAAAGCCCCAGGGUCUGGAGUGGCACAGCCCAUCGUGCAGUGUGCUGCAGAUGCUGUCAGCACCACGGCUGAGAUGUUCACGUUAACUCAUGCGGUUGGUUGUUGCUCUUAGAGAGCGAGAGGAGCCCAGACAGCUCGUCAGGUCCACCGAGAAGCCUCCUACAGCAUCACUUGCUGUGCCAGACUCAUCGGUGUCGAGGCUCCAGCUAUCCGAUCACAGUAUCUCAAAACCCUCUUUAGCCAAGUGGCGGUUCAGUUAUUUCCGAUCACCGUUCCUUACAGCCGCGUGUGCACAAAUCCAGCGCAGCUGCUGACAAGACCUGGGAGAGCACACUCCCGCAUCCAUGCACAGAGCUCUCUGCGCAGAGGGACUCCACCUUUACCCUGUACAGA